CGGUCACACUCACUGGUAACAAGGCUUGCAGAACAGUGAAAAAACAGUUUACCCUCCGCCCUAAAAAGGAACCCCCCCGAGCUACAAGCGAGACCCAAAAGCGCUGCCUUACUCACCCGAAGAAGCUAUAUAUCUGCUGAUUCCAUCGAUUUGACACUCACCGAAGUGCACGCACGCACACACACACGAAGAAAAAAGAUGACUGCGCCUCGACGUCUUCGAAAAGAGCUGGGCGAUUUGCAAGAUAAUACACUGAAAUCCUUCCGCGACAUCAAGGCCGACGAUGAGAACCUGCUGCGCUGGACAGGGCUCAUUGUGCCAGACAAUCCGCCGUACAACAAGGGUGCCUUCCGCAUCGAGAUCAACUUUCCGGCCGAGUACCCGUUCAAGCCGCCAAAGAUCAACUUCAAGACUCGCAUCUAUCAUCCCAAUAUCGAUGAGAAGGGUCAGGUGUGCCUGCCAAUCAUCAGCACCGAGAACUGGAAGCCGGCCACGCGCACCGAGCAGGUCGUCCAGGCUCUGAUAGCCCUCAUCAACGACCCAGAGCCCGAGCAUCCGCUGCGCGCCGAGCUGGCCGAGGAGUUCCUGAAGGACAGAAAGAAGUUCGUGAAGAAUGCCGAGGACUACACCAAGAAGCACAGCGAAAAGCGUCCGGCGGAUUAGUGCUGUGGCAAUGGCGAGGAGCAGCCAACAAAUAGCAAACGCAGACGGAUGACGAAACCAAACUAAAACCCCAUCCCAACCCAUCCCUUUCAUCCCCCCUGCGUGUCCACACCGUGGGCCGGAGGGCGAACAAAUUAUUUCACGCUUAGUCUACGAGUUCUACCCAUUUUGUGAUUUUUCAAUUAGCUUUUUAAUGUUGUAACUUCGUUUCGUUGCAGUAGAAAGUUUCGCAGUUCUCCCCAAUUCCAAUUUGUAAGGAUCAGGAUCCGUAGGAAGGGUAGUUUUUUAAUUGUAGCACUGUAAUUUUAUGCAAGAGAGAAAUACAAGUUCGUUACAUUAAAACGCAAUGCCAUCGA